AUGCUAUCUGAAUUACAGUAUCCAAAUGACCUUGCCCAUGUUAUUAAUUAUAAGAUAUGUAUUAGUGAGUCUUUCAUCAGACUCUUCACUAAUUAUGGCCCAUGUCAACCAGUAAUUCCAUAUCCCAAGAAUGUAGAGGGACGCUUGUUUCAGAAGAAAUGGUAUGAAAGGAAUUCUUGGUUGGAGUAUUCACCUCAGAAAGAUGCCAUGUUCUGCUUCAGCUGUCGUCUGUUUUUGAAUGAGGAAAAGUACAAGGGCCGAGUAGCUUGGAAAUCAGAGGGCAUAAGCCGUUGGAGGACAGCUUUAAAGAAAAUAAAGGAGCAUGCUAGUUCAGAAUCUUACAUGAUUGGUAUGGUUCGAUGGAAAGGGUUCCAAAGUCAAGCAUUAGAUAUUGCUUUAGAAACAGCUAAUCAGGAAGUACAAGCUGCUAGAGACAAAGAGAAGCAGAGAAAGAGAGAAAUCUUAUGUAGGUUGAUCUCCAUCACUCUAUACUUGGCAAGACAAUGUUUUCCAUUUAGGGGCGACCAAGAAAGUUCUAUCAGUGAAAAUCGAGGAAAUUUUCUUGAACUUGUAGAAAUGUUUGGCAAGUAUGACAGUGUCGUUAAAUUGCACCUUGAUGUAAUUAAAGAAAAACAAGAAAUACUGAAAAGAUCCCAAGUGUCAUUGCUUUCAAAUAGGACUCAGAAUGACCUGAUUAAGGCUUUGGCCAUUUCAGUUAGAAGAGUGAUAUUAGAAGAAAUUCACAAGAGCAAGAUCUUUUCCAUCCUCAUAGAUGAAACAUCUGAUGUAUCACAUACAGAACAGGUCUCUUUUGUUGUGAGAUAUGUACAUGACCUCAAAAUAAAAGAACGUUUCAUACAAGUAUUCAAUGUGCAAUCAACAACUGGUGAAGCACUGGAGAAAGAAGUGAUCUCUAUGCUUAAUACAAAUAACCUGAACAUAGAUGAUAUGCGUGGACAAGGAUAUGAUGGGGCAGCAAAUAUGAGUGGAAUAUACAAUGGACUACAGUCCAGACUCCAAAGACAGAACCCAAAGGCAUGCACACAGCCUAAAUCUAGUAUUAGUCGAAAGUGCAAAAUCAAGUACUCAGUUUGUAACUUGUUUCAGUUUGUUUGA